UCAUGUGUCUCACAUGAAUACAGGAAUUACAACAGCUUUCAUCACCACACACACUGACAGAGAUCCUCGACUGAGCUGAAGGAAAAAGGGCUUAAUAUCGCAACACACAGCGGUGAAUAGAGCAACAGUUGAAUCAUGGAGAGCACCACACAGAGCUCACCACUUUCUUCAUGGAGUGAAUGUUUUGUGUUAAAGCGUGUCCGCAUGUUGAUCCCUGUUGGUUUCAAGACAGAAAUCAGAGAGUUGGCUAAACUGGCUGGACCAGUGAUUAUCGCCCAGUUUAUGAUUUUUGCAGUGAGUCUUGUCAGUACUAUUUUCUGUGGCCAUCUAGGAAGGGUAGAGCUGGCAGGAGUGUCUUUGGCCAUAUCAGUUAUUAAUGUUACAGGUAUAUCUAUUGGGUCUGGUUUGUCAUCAGCAUGUGAUACACUGAUUUCUCAGACCUAUGGGGGCCGUAAUCUCCUGAGAGUUGGGGUCAUUCUGCAGCGGGGGAUCCUCAUUUUGUUGCUGGCAUGUUUCCCCUGCUGGGCGAUCCUCAUCAACACAGAGCCCAUUCUGUUGGCUGUCAGACAAGAGCCAGAGGUUGCCAGGAUAUCUCAGUUGUAUGUGAAGAUCUUUAUGCCAGCACUUCCUGCUACAUUCAUGUAUUCAUUGGAAACAAGAUAUCUGCAAAAUCAGGGCAUCAUAUGGCCACAGGUGAUCACAGGCUUUGUGGUCAAUCUCCUUAAUGCUCUCAUCAACUACAUAGUUCUCUUCCCAUUAAAUCUGGGUGUGGCAGGUUCUGCUGUUGCCAACACACUUUCCCAGUUCGCCAUGGCUGGGAUUCUCUAUGCUUACAUCAUGUGGAAAGGUCUUCACAAGGCUACCUGGGGAGGCUGGUCUAAAAAGUGCCUGCAGGACUGGGGUUCAUUCAUCCACUUGGCCAUCCCCAGCAUGGUCAUGCUGUGUGUUGAGUGGUGGACGUAUGAGAUUGGAGGUUUUCUGGCAGGUCUAAUAAGUGAAGUGGAACUCGGAGCUCAGUCAGUUGUAUACCAACUAGCAAAUGUAGCAUACAUGUUUCCUUUAGGUUUCAGUGUGGCAGGCAAUGUGAGAGUUGGACAUGCCUUGGGAGCUGGAGAAACAGAGCAGGCCAAGCUGUCUGCUAAACUGGCAAUAUUCUGUGCAGGGUCAGUCUCUAUAUGUUUGGCAAUUCUGAUUGGGAGCUUGAAGGACCAUAUCUCUUAUGUCUUUACAUAUGAUGAACAAAUCAGAGAGAGGGUUGCGGAUGUCAUAGCUUUUUAUGCUCCAUUCCUCCUUCUAGAUGCAAUAUCAGCUUCCUCAGGAGGCAUUAUAAGAGGAGCAGGUAAACAGAAAGUUGGGGCUGUUUGCAACUUUGUGGGUUACUAUGGUAUUGGCUUUCCUAUUGGAGUAUCACUGAUGUUUGCAGCUAAAUUAGGAAUCAAGGGUCUGUGGACAGGCUUGUUUACAUGUGUGUCUCUGCAGUGCUCAUUCCUGAUUUUCUACUUGGUGAGAAUGGAUUGGAAAAAGGCAACACUCGAGGCUCAGAUCAGAGCUGGAGUGUGUGGAAGCUCUACAGACACAAAUUCCCAACCAGAAGAUCCAGGAAACUCACAGGGCCAAACAGAUGUGAUGGAGCUGAUUGAUACUGAGGUGGCACCAGCAGUGGAAGAGCAGCUCCCUCACAGGACUCUGCUCCUGCGUAGGGGUGUGGCUCUGGCUGUCAUGCUGUUGAUCCUGGCUGCUGGAAUCAUUAUUAACCUACUAACAACUAACUUGGUUACAUGAACAUGAGCAAAGUCUACUGUGUUCAGUGGAGUAAUUUUUACAGUAAGCCACCAGUGCAGGAUAUGACGCAGAUGUUUGCAUCGCAUGAUGUCUAAUCAGGACAUGCAGUAGACAGGCACAGAGGCAGAUAAGCAGAAAGCAGAUGGAACACACACAAAGAGAAAUUGUCUAUUAUCACUGAAUUAAUACUUAAAGCAUUCAUUCACAAGAUUUCACAGUAAAUAAACCACUUUUUUUGUACACACCCACAUUGUCUUGAAGAGAGUGAGUUAAACUAAAGAGAGUUUGACAACCUUUGUACUGUAUUUUUGACAUUAAACAGAAAUAUUGUGGUUAUCUUGGACUCUCGA